AAUAUAAGGUUUAACGUAUUUUUACAUUUUCAUUAAAUUUAUUUUAUUAUUGCUUUGUAACGCGUAUAUCCUGCGCAUGAAACAGAUGGCGUUCAUGUGCUCCAUGUGUCAUACUUGUCAUAUUUAUGUAAGUGUGUGAGUAGGUGAUUUUAUUAAGCUCGUGCUGUGUAAAGUCGUGUUCGAAAAUAAUUAUCAUUUUCUUUUUACGAAAAAUUUUAUUAAAGAAAGGAUAGAUGCGAUAAUUUUCGCUGUAUAAUUGGACUAUUUAUUUACUUAUUUGGACUAAAAAAAGGACGUAAAAUGACCACAAUGUGCCUCUCAAAUAUAUCCGGCGUGCCAGAUAAACAUUGGCAACCACCCUUCGUUGCUUUUGAGACUACGAUGGGUGAAGUAACCUUUGAGUUAUAUUGGAAACACGCCCCCAUCACGUGCAGAAACUUUGCCGAGCUCACGCGACGUGGAUAUUAUAACGGUACCAAGUUUCAUAGGAUUAUUCGUGACUUUAUGAUUCAAGGUGGAGAUCCUACCGGAACAGGAAAAGGUGGGAUGUCCAUAUAUGGUGAAUGUUUUGAUGAUGAGAUACACGAUGAUUUGAAACACACAGGUGCUGGAAUAUUAUCAAUGGCAAAUUCUGGACCAGAUACAAAUGGAUCACAGUUUUUCAUAACGCUUGCACCUACACAAUGGCUCGAUGGGAAACAUACUAUAUUUGGUAGAGUCCAUUCUGGCAUGAAUAUAGUUAAAAGAAUUGGACUGGUUGAAACGGAUAAGAAUGAUCGACCCGUAGAUGAUGUUAAAAUUGUCAAAGGCUCUGUGAGGAAUGCUUGAAUUUUUAUAGGGACUUCUAUACAGUACAAAUCAUUUUUAAGACACAGUUUUAAAUAUAAAAUUGUUUUCUUACUUAAAAAUGAACAUUUCCAUUUUCUGUA